AUGAAGAGCAACGAAGAAAUAAUCAGUGAAUUCAUCGAGUACGUCAACAUGACGGCCUCGGAACUCGAAGCAUGGUUGAAAUCGGACGACUCGCGCAGCGCAGGAUGGCCCAAACACAACGAGGAAGGCGAGCCGGAAACCGUCGGGCACGAGAGCGGACGCAAGAUCGUCGAGAUCCUGGAAGCCAACCCGGAAAAGGAUCCCGAGAAGUAUACGGAGGAGCAGAUUGCGCAUAUGCGAAAGGUGGUUUCUUACUGCAAGCGGCACCUGGCACAGGAAAGCAGUGCGCAUGCCAAAAAGUCAGACGACGAGGUGAAGCAGACCAAGUCGUAUGCGUCGCUCAAGAACUGGGGGCAUGAUUUUCUCCGAGCACAGGGUCGAGAUCAGCCCGCUGAUGAGACCAAGGUCGAUGAGGCUGAGACUGAGAGUGGCGAUGGCGAAAAGGAAACAGAGGGAAAAGAAACCAAAAACCAAGAGGCCAAAGAGCACGAUGAUGACAAGGGCCAGGCAGAGGGGGAUAAAACUGGGGAGAAACGAAAGAAGGAGGAUGGCCUUGACGAAGAGGAGGGGGCGAGCAAGAAGCGGCAGACGCGUCAAGGAGAAGGACGAGAUCAUAAGGAGAUCAACAAAGAGGGCGACACUGAGGCAAGAUCCAAGAACGGUCCCUCGAAGGGAGACAUCGUGAGUUGGAAAUGGGGCCAAGGACAUCCCGAGGGCAAGGUGCUUGAUGUCAAGGAAGAGAAGGCGACCAUUACGACGAAGAAGGGGAACAAGGUGUCUCGCAAUGGGAACCCCGAGGACCCGGCCGUCGUUAUCGAGACCCAUGGCUCUAAAGCUGUGAAGCUGAGCCACGAGAUUGACGGAUAG